UCCACCGUCCGUGGAAAGCUCUUAUCUCCUCCUCCACCUUCCCCGUCAGAAGUCUGCCUCUCUCUCUCUCUCUAAACGAGAUAUGGAAGAGAAGAAGCUUGCAGACGAUAGAGUCAGCGAUGAGCAAGUAGAGAGAAUUGAAUUGGUGGUUUCUGAUGAUGAUGCGAGGGAUACCGAAGAUGAAGUAUUUGUGGAAGCUAUCCACAGUUCAAAUCCUGAAUCUUUUCGAGCCGAUGAUGGGUUGCACGAGGAUUUACCUUCAGAGGAAGUGAAAGAUCCAGAUGUUAAUGGAGAGAGCCAUGGUGAGGCAAACCUGCAACAUAUAACUACGGGAGAGGCUGCAACAGGUUGUGUGACUUCCCAAAUGAAUGGUGAUGAAGGGGAAGCAGGUGCAGAGAAUGUCAACGAGACAUCCACCCAUUCUUUUUCUGAAAAUGGAACUGUUUUUCUUGAGAAGAAACAGCUGGUGGCUGAAGUGAUCGAGGAAACAACAAAUGAUGGUAUUGAAGAGGAAAACAAGGAGGAAACUGUUGAUGUAUCUGGGGCACAAAGAAAUGGUGAGCGUGCUUCAGGUGAAACUUCUUUCAAUGAUAGUAUUCAAGUAGCUUCUGCUGGGACCCCAUCUCCAUCGGAGAAAUCUAGUUCUGAGGAAAAUGGAGAGACUGAAGGUCGCAUCAGUAGAGAACAUGACACAGUUCAAAAUGGAGGACUUGGUGUUGAACAUACUUAUCAACCUAAUAAGGAUUUUGAGAAGCAGCAAGGCAGCAGUGUGAAUAUAAGUCCAGAGGUUAAGGAAAGAAAAUCUGAGGUAGCAAGUUCUGUUUCACCAACAGAGUCUACAAGUAAUACUGCAGCGUCACCUCCUGCUCGCCCAGCAGGCCUUGGGCGGGAUGCUCCUCUUUUGGAACCCACCCCACGUGUUCCUCAUCAGCCUCGUGUAAAUGGCAAUGCGUCUCAGAAUCAGUCUGAGCAGGCAGAAGACCCUACCACUGCCGAGACCGAUGAGCAUGAUGAGACCCGUGAGAAGCUCCAGUUGAUCAGGGUCAAGUUUUUGAGGCUUUCACAUAGAUUAGGGCAAACUCCACAUAACGUUGUUGUUGCUCAAGUUUUGUAUAGGCUUGGAUUGGCUGAGCAGUUGAGGGGGAGAAACGGAAGCCGUGUGGGUGCUUUUAGUUUUGAUCGAGCCAGUUCCAUGGCAGAACAACUUGAGGCAGCUGGACAGGAUCCACUUGAUUUUUCUUGUACAGUUAUGGUGCUCGGUAAAAGUGGUGUUGGUAAGAGUGCUACGAUUAAUUCUAUUUUUGAUGAAGUGAAGAUCUGUACGGAUGCAUUCCAGAUGGGGACAAAGAGGGUUCAGGAGGUUGAGGGUUUUGUUCAGGGAAUUAAGGUUCGGGUGAUUGACACUCCAGGUCUCUUACCAUCAUGGUCUGAUCAACACAAGAAUGAGAAAAUGUUGAAGUCUGUUAAGGCUUUCAUCAAGAAAAAUCCACCGGAUAUCGUAUUAUAUCUUGAUAGGCUGGAUAUGCAAAGCAGAGAUUCUGGUGACACGCCUCUCUUGCGCACCAUCACUGAUGUUUUUGGACCAUCAAUAUGGUUUAAUGCCAUUGUGGGUUUGACUCAUGCCGCUUCUGCUCCACCAGAUGGUCCAAAUGGCACUGCCUCUAGCUAUGACAUGUUUGUAACACAACGUUCCCAUGUCAUUCAGCAGGCCAUUCGCCAAGCAGCUGGAGAUAUGAGGCUCAUGAACCCUGUGUCUCUAGUUGAGAACCACUCUGCUUGCAGGACAAAUCGGGCAGGUCAGAGAGUCUUACCAAAUGGCCAAGUGUGGAAGCCUCAUUUGCUGUUACUCUCAUUUGCGUCCAAGAUUCUAGCAGAAGCAAAUGCUCUUCUGAAAUUACAAGAUAAUAAUACUCCAGGGAGACCAUUUGUAGCUCGAUCCAAGGCUCCACCACUGCCACUUCUCCUCUCAUCGUUUCUGCAAUCAAGACCGCAAGCCAAACUUCCUGAAGAGCAGUAUGGUGAUGAAGAAGAUGAAGAUGAUUUGGACGAGUCAUCAGGUUCUGACGAAGAAUCAGAGUACGAUCAGCUUCCUCCUUUCAAGCGAUUGACUAAUGCUGAGAUGGCUAGGCUUAGUAAAUCUCAGAAGAAGGAAUAUCUCGAUGAGAUGGAGUACCGGGAGAAACUAUUUAUGAAGAGGCAGCUAAAAGAGGAAAGAAAGAGACGUAAGAUGAUGAAGAAAUAUGCUGCCGAGAUUAAAGGUAUGGCUGAGGAGCAUAGUGAAAAUGUAGAAGAGGAGAGAAGUGAACCUGCUUCUGUUCCAGUGCCCAUGCCAGAUUUAUCUCUACCUGCAUCUUUCGAUUCUGAUAAUCCUACUCACCGGUACCGCUCCCUUGAUUCCUCCAACCAGUGGCUUGUUAGGCCAGUCCUAGAAACUCAGGGGUGGGAUCAUGAUGUUGGCUAUGAAGGUGUCAAUGCAGAACGACUUUUUGUUGUUAAAGAAAAGAUACCCAUAUCUUUCUCAGGCCAAGUGACAAAGGACAAAAAGGAUGCAAAUGUGCAGCUGGAAAUGGCCAGCUCGGUUAAACAUGGAGAGGGCAGAUCAACCGCCCUUGGUUUUGAGAUGCAAAAUGCUGGGAAGGAAUUGGCUUACACUGUAAGAAGUGAUACCAGAUUUAACAAUUUUAGGAAACACAAAGCUGCAGCUGGUCUCUCUGUAACGCUCUUGGGUGAUUCGGUGUCUGCGGGUCUGAAAGUUGAGGAUAAGUUGAUUGCUAAUAAAAGGUUCAGAAUGGUUAUGUGUGGAGGGGCAAUGACUAGUCGAGGAGAUGUUGCUUAUGGGGGUAGUUUAGAAGCUCAGUUGAGAGAUAAAGAUUAUCCGCUUGGUAGGUUUUUAUCUACUCUAGGACUUUCUGUGAUGGAUUGGCAUGGGGAUCUUGCUAUCGGAGGGAAUAUACAGUCCCAAGUGCCCAUAGGACGUUCAUCUAAUCUAAUUGCGCGUGCUAAUCUGAACAACAGAGGGACAGGGCAAGUAAGCGUCCGCGUAAACAGCUCUGAGCAGCUCCAACUUGCUAUGGUCGCACUUGUUCCUCUGUUCAAGAAGCUGUUUAGUUAUUAUUCCCCUCAGCAAAUGCAGUAUUGACAAUAAUGAAUUAUACUUGGGUUUUCACUUCCUACAAGAACAUCCUUAAGUGUGAGUUGAAAAGGAACCUUGGUGUGCCCUUGGGUUGAAAAGUUUUAAGAACAAAUUGUUGGAGGAGGAGGCCCUCUGUUUCUCAAAAUAGCCGGAACACACUUGCUCGUUCCUUUUCUAAUUUGAACUUAGCUGUGGUUUCAGUUUCUUUCCUUAACCUUUUGUGUGGUGUAUGGUAGAAAAAAGCACACCUAGUUGUUUUUGUUCAUGUCUAUCUCUGGAUUUUGCAUAAAGCCUUAAUAAAAGUUAUGUUGCGGUUUACUUA